GAGCGGCGGCUGCCCCGGACAGAGCCGCCGCGGAGCGGGGCAGCCGUCCCCGCAGGGAGAGCUGGAGCCGGCCCGUCCCCGGGACCCUCCGUGCGCUGGCUCGGGGGACGUCGCUCCCUGCCCCGCCCGUGCCCUGGGACGGGCGCAGGACCGGGCUCCGGGGCGCUGCCGCCGGUGCUGUGCCAGCCCGACGUGUCCUGCUUCGUCUGGAGUCUAACCAGGCACUAUGUCCCAGAUAAAAACAGAAGAUGAACUGAUUCUUUUUGAAAGAGAAAUAAAAGAGUUUUGGACCAAGUUCAAAAGCAUCUGUGGUUGUGAACAGAUCAAUCAGACUCUUGUACUAAGAGAUUCCUGCAAAGAGUCCAUAAAAACACUUUCAGAGAAAUGGUCCAGAAAAUUAAAAGAAGGUGAUCUGAUGAUUGAUAAGAUUCAGGAGUACACAGCUGAAAUCCUUCAAGAGAACAAAUGCAUUGCAGAAAAACAAGAAAACUUGGCACAAACAAAAUCCAAAAUUAAGCAGGAAGAAGAACAAAGGAAAGACUUGAUGGAGAGCAUCAGAUUGCUUAAGGAAGAGUUGAUUAGAAAAAAGGAAAUUUUGUCCUCUAAAAACAAGGCCGCUAAGGAGAGGGUGGAAAGACUAUGUAAAUCUAAAGCACUGUUUGAAGAGCGGCUUGCAUUAGAAAUACGCAGAAUUCAUGGUGAACAAUUGCAGUUCAUAUUCCGAUGCAUUGACCACAAAGAUCCUGACAAGCCUUUCAUAUUCACUCUUUCCGUAAAUGAGCAGGGAGAAUAUGAAGUGGUAUCCUGUUUUCCUCCACUGGACUGCAUGGCAGACCUCCAGUUAAAAGUGAGAGAAACCAACAACUUCUCUGCAUUUGUUGCCAAUGUCAGAAAAGCUUUCACAGCUUUAUCAUAUAAGUAAUCUGUAACUGUAUAUAUGUGCAAAACUGGCUUUAUAUCUCUCUUCCUGUCCCUGGGAGCAUUCACAAUUUUUUCCUGUUUCCAUUAACCUAAAAGGAGAGCAAAUAUGCUUAUACAUGGUUUUUAAUAUUCUCUUUUCUAAAUAAAGAAAAAAAUGUUUUUGUAAAUUAUCCUUA